AUGGUGCACACGCUACUCCAACAGACCUACCCAAUAUCGUUUCCAAAGGAUUCGUCAUUGCUGCUGUCUGCAUUCCUCAAAGAGCCCACAAUGCUCAACUUCCUCAUUCAUACAUGUCACAUUGAUCCCAAUGACCUGUUACUCGACCCAACAAAAGUGGCCUCCACUCUUUACGCCACACGAUCUGAAUCCACUAUCCGCUUCGUACUGGACCCGACCAACUUCCCACCGACACUCAUUGACAGGAUAAAGUCAUACGCGAGAACUGGUCUUUGUACCGUGGACAUCCUACUCACUGGUGACCCAAUACUCAUCGAUGAGUUGUUGGCCAAGUCAGUGAACAACAAGAUAACAUUCCCCUAUGAUGUCGCACCUUCAAGUGCCACACCCAACGAGCAAUUGGAAUAUGUUGAGCGAUUGAUAAAGUACAAGGUACUGAGUUGUGGACCAGACCUCGAUUCGGACCAUAUGCCAACAAUCAAACAGUCAUCGGAAAGAGCAAAAAUGGUCAUUGCCAAUGAGAUUGAAGACCUGAACACUGACAUUGACAUUGGAGAUGAGGAAAGAUUGAUCUACUUCAAGUUGAGUCGUGUCGACCUGCCCGCCACACUACCGACCAAACUGAGAUUCAAACAUUAUGCCACCACAGAGUACAUCAAUACUGGCGAUUGGCGACUCAUACCCUAUCUGUUGGACAUGUGGGACAGCAUUGUGGUCGACCCUAGUAGCUACUGCCACGAACCAAUGCGAACGAUCGUUCAACAUGGCAAUAUCACUCAGGCCAAAGUUGCCGUCAAGUAUUUGAUGUCCAGCUGUCGCGUAUGGGAUAGGAUGCAUAUACUUUUCUCCAGUGAUCAACUAUUUGAGAGCAUGAAUGAAGCGGACGAUCAUGAUCGUAGUCUACAAGUGAUCAAAUAUCUCAACGCAUCUGGAUACGCGAUGCCAAUGUUGGACAUGCGACGCACCCAUCACUUCAAAGGUACAUUCGACAUGUUACGAUUUGUGUUAACUCCGGCCACAAAGAUAUUCAGGACAUUGUUGUGGAUGGAGUUCUACAACUUUGAUCACAUUGAGUAUGCACUCAAUCAAAAGUCAUCACUGAUCAAGGAUCAUACUGUGCAGCUGGCAGGUCGCGCUGCUAUCAAACAUGGCAAUCUACCAGCGAUACACAUGCUCAUCAAGCACAGACCUGCACUAUUCAAGAAUGAUGCACAAUUGCAAUUGCUGGCCAUAUCACGAUCAGAUGAACUCUAUCAAUUGUUAGAAGAUUAUCAACUUCUGGACUUUAGUUCAACUGUUAUAUGGGACACUAUUGGACGACAUGGCAAUGUAAAGCUACUCAAUCAUGCACUGAGUCACACGGACACCAAGGUACUCAAGCCGUUGAUACAUCGCAUGUUAGAACAGGCUGUACAAUGCAGUCAGAUGGACUUGAUCAUUCAUUGUUAUCAUACGUACAAGGAAUUAAUGCCAAAGGAUAUGACGAUUAUAUCAGCAGUGAGAUCUGGUGAUGUAAAGAUGUUGGAGUUCUACUUCAGACAUGUACAGCCCAUCACCAACAAGACAUCAAGAGAGACCAUUGAUACAUAUAUACACUCAAUAAUAUUCAAUUGA